AAAAAAAAUAAAAAAAAAAUUACCUUAACUUUGCUAUCUACUCUUAUAUGCAUGUUUGGUAAAUGUAUAUGUAAAUUAUCAGAGAGAGUGCUAAGUGUUUGUGUAAAAUAAUGUAGAUCUCAAUAACAUUAAAAUAGAAAUAGCAGAUUGUAAGGUAAUGCAACAUAAGUAACUAUAUUUCUUCAUCCAUGUCAAAGCUUAAAGGUAGAUCUAACACUGGUAUGGCAACUUCCCUAGCUUCUGCUCUGCCCACAUUUAGUGGCAACUUAUCUGAAAAUGUAAAUUUCUUUCUUGAUCAAAUAAAUAGUGUUGCUAAAUUAGAAAAAUGGUCAGAUGAAAAGAAAAUAAUCAUUCUGAAAAUAAACUGUAGGGAUAAAGCUCUAGAUUUCCUAAUUAAUGAUCCAAGAGUGGCUAAGGAAAAUAAAUUUGAAAAUUUAGAAAAAUUAUUAAAGAAUAAAUUUGCACGAGUUGAAUCCUUUCAGGACAUUCUACAGCAAUUCUCAAACAUUUCUCAAAAGUGUAACCAAUCUGUUAGGGAAUUAGCUGACGAGAUUACUACAACAGCGACAAAAUACAUAAAUGAAGAUUCGGUUGAGGAUUCUAGUUUACAUAAAUUAAAAGAGAAAAUGAAGCUCACUAAAUUUCUUGAGGCCCUCAGAACAGACAUUAGGAUUGAAGUUAAGAAAUUAGGUCCAUCUUCCUUUGAUAAGGCUGUAGAAUUGGCAAGUAAUAUAGAAAAUGCAUUGAAUGAUGAGAAAACAUAUUUGAACAGUAUAAAUGUUGAGCAAAAUUUAGAGAUUAAUAAUCUUCUCAAAGAAAGACUUGAACAGAAUACAAAAUAAGCCUAUAAACACAUCUUAUACAAGAAUAAAUCACAAUGCUUCUACAUCUCAAAAUUCUAGCAACUUUAAUAGUGUAUCUUGUCAUAUAUGUAGCAAAAGACACUUAACAACAGAUUGUUGGUAUUUUCCUAGGCAAGACCAGCAUAAUUU